CUUCUUUUCCUCCUCUCCCGUUCCUCUCUUCCCUCUUCCGUAUUCUAGGGAUUGUCUCUUCCUCCUCUUCCGCUCUUCUCUCUCUCUUUCACCUCUUGAAGUGAAGGACCUAAAAAUGGCUUCUUUGACAUGAUUUCACUUCUAUAUAUUGAUCAUCAUGGGGGUCCGUAUGGAGGUCUGAGGAUUGUGUGAUUUGAGCUUUGUUUCUUCGGAUACAAAUGGCCGAUUUCCGGAACAAGGAGUCGGAACGCGAGUUCCGUCGGAGACUGGAGGAGCUGCUCCCCCGCCCCCUCCGCGGCGAUGCUUGUGCAAGCGAGGAGACCGACGAAGCAGCUGGUGCCGGAGGAAGCGAAGGCCUCGAUCAGAGUGCCCGCCGCCGUCGGCGAUCCGACCUCGAGGGUGAUGACCUAGCCGAGUCAUCGGCCGCCGCGCGCCGCCACAAUCGGAUUUUGAGCCAGUGGGCUGCUAGGCAGGCGGAGGAGAUGAUCAUCACCAACAUCGAGAGGAGGAACCGGGAAUCAGAACUGAUGGCGCUCGCGCGCCUCCACGCCGUGUCGAUGCUCGACGCCUCCUUCCUCCGCGAGACGCGGCGGGCGCAGUCCUCGGUCGAGCGCCCCGUGGCUGCCCGGGCGCCCUCCGUUCUCCAGAGGUGGCGCGAGCUCGAGGGCGAGUCGGUGGCCAGGGAGAGGAGAAGACCUGCGCCAUCCCCCAUCUCCACUGAUAAUAAUCAUCACCAUGUCGAGGUUGACAAUGCUGGCGACAGGGUUUCGAGCAGACAGCAGUCUCCUGACAAUGACGGAGUUCGAGAGAGGGAAAGGGAGAGGGAGAGGCGGAUUGUUAAUGGUUGGAUGACCGACAUUGCCAUGGCAGACACUGCUUCACAAAUUUUGCCACGGAGUGGUAGUGGCAGUCCAACGAGCGAAUGGCUCGAUGAGAGGGAGCGUGAGAGGGUAAGGCUGGUGAGGGAGUGGAUGCAGACUCUAAGCCAGCACAGGGACACUUCGGCUAUUAGGAGGGAGGAGUGGGAGAGGGAUUAUUUAGUAACAAACCAUGAAGGUCGUCGAGCCGAACCCACGCGAAGGAACUUGCUGAGUAUCCGAGGAAGGCAGGCUCGCCAUGAUCUGAUCAUGAGGAAUGUCAGGGAGAGGGAAAGUGAGCUUCAGGUCUUGUCAGAACGCCAGCCCGUUUCACAGUUCUCCAAUCGCAAUCAGAUACAGUCUGUGCUCCAAGGUAGCUUCCUGAGAAUAGGUGAUACCAUUGAGGACGGGCAACUUCAUUCAGAUGCUGCUACUGAAAGAAUCCACCUUAGACAACAUCAGACUGUAUCUAGCAUCAGGGAAGAAUUUCACUCUCAAGAUGACCUUACCAUAACACCUGAAUCGCACAGCCAAUCUGUUGAUGGAAACAGAAAUGGAACUACUCUAUCAACUGCAUUGGCUCAAUCAGAUGAGAUACUUGAUCAAUUCCAAGCAAGAAGUAUUCCUGUUGAAAUCCAUCAAACAGCUGAGCUGGAUUCAGAAAUACCAAUGGAGAGUGGCAUGCAAAACAGUGACUUACACUGGACAGAUUCUGUAAUUCAGGAAGAUGAACAGCUACAAGGUGAAACAGAACCCGAGCAAACUGAUCAGCAACAGGCUGUUGAAGUCGAGUUUAGUGCACAGCAAAAUGUCCAUGCUGAUGAACCUGAUAGGGACUGGCAGGAAAAUUUAGACCAAGAGUGGCUUCCUGAGACACCUGAAGAUGAUGGAUCAGGUGAUCAUCUUCUGGAAGCACGUGAGAAUUGGCAUGACAACAAUCCUCAAGUAACUGAAACAAACUGGCAAGAUAGAUCAUCGGACCCUUUUAGCAGUCCACAUUCAUAUCCUGAUAUAACAAAUCGAUUUAUCUCAUCUGAAGAUGAUAGUGUGUACAAUUUGGAACUUCAGGAACUCUUAAGCAGGAGGAGUGUGUCUAAUCUUCUUCACAGUGCAUUUCGUGAAAGUCUAGACCAUUUGGUACAAUCAUAUAUCGAAAGGCAGGGACGUGGACCAUUUCAAUGGGACAUGGAAGGAAUGCCUAACCAUGAGUUACUAGAGCAAGAUCAGAGACACCAAACAGACGUGGUUCAAAGCCAGCAAGAUUCUGUUAGGCAACUGCGUGCUCCACCAGCACCACGGCCACCAACUCCACCUCCACCCCCAUUAUGGCAUGCAGAAGUUCAUCAUAGUUGGAGUCGUCAGAGCAUCCGUCGCUCAGAAGUCGAAUGGGAUAUGAUCAACAGUUUAAGGACUGACAUGGGGAAGCUUCAGCAAGUGAUGGGUCAUAUGCAGAAUAUGCUGGAGACGUGCAUGGACAUGCAGUUAGAGUUGCAGCGUGCAGUUAGGCAAGAGGUUUCAGCAGUUCUAAACCGUUCUGUUGGAGAACAUGGCGAGAACCAGCAGCAUUUAUUACUGGAUGGAAGAAACUGGAAUCACGUCAGAAAGGGGACUUGUUGCGUCUGUUGUGAUAAGCAAAUUGAUUCUCUCAUCUACAGAUGUGGGCACAUGUGCACUUGCAACCGGUGUGCACACGAGUUAGUUCGAGGCAACAGUAAGUGUCCGUUGUGCCGCGCACCCAUUGUUGAGGUGAUUCGAGCCUACUCCAUUGUAUAGGUACGGACAAUUAACUAAAUUGAGAGGAAAGGAAUCUGCCAUUAGUUCUAUUAGCGAGCCCGCCCAUUGUUGAGGUGAUUGGAGCCUACUCCAUUGCAUAGGAACAAUGAAGAUGACAUUAAAAGGAAGGGAGCCAGCCAUAAGUUCUACUAGCGAGAGAUUCUUUGGUGCAUCAGUACUUGUUUAGGCGUAGGUAACUUUUGUGCAUACCCAAGACAUGUCCCAAGUCACGUUGAGUGAACAUGUAAAAUGGCACUUUCUCGUCGCUGAGGUGCAAGGGAAAUGCAUUAGUAAUUAUCUUAUCAUCAUUUCUAUCAAAUUAUCAAGCCAUAUUUAUUGUAUCUUUCUUUAUUUGUGAGGCGUAUCUCUACUUCAUUUUAUCAAGUCGACUAUUUAUCCAGUGUGCUUGUAACCUAUGUGCCCGAGUUGAGUUGGUUUGAGACAAUGUCAAAAGCUUAUAGCAUUGCACACCUAUCAUCGCAGUGAUCUGAGCCCAAUCAAAAUAGGAAAAUUUCCUUCGAUAAAAUCAGAUUGAGUUCCAAUUCCAAAACUUCCAUAAGCCACACAUAAAUAGCAUGCUAGCAGUCAAAUAAGCAAAAGAAGAUAUCCAACACAAAAAAAAAAAAUUGUUGUUUAUGAACACGUGCAUGACUUCCUAUAGAACUCUACCCCAGGCCCAACUAUUACACGAGGAGGAUCAGAGGAAAAAAAAAUCGCACACAAUUGCAUUACACUAAUAUGAUCUAUGAACUCAGUAAUUGCUCAACAAACC